AUGUUGACUUUUCAUUAUGUACCUAUUCUAUGUAAACUUCGCAAUUAUUCAAUUAACAUAAGUGGCUUUCUAUCACAAUCACAUCUCCUAUUAGCUUGUAUUGAUCGCUAUUUAAUAAGUGCAAAUGAAUCUAGCUAUCGUCAAUUUAAUACAAUACCAAUGGCGAAUAGGAUUAUUAUGUUCACAAUUAUGUUUUGGUUGACUAUUCUUUCUCAUAAGCUUGUAUACAGUAAUAUUUCUUCACCUCAUCAAUUCUGUUUUUAUUCAGGUGCAUCUUAUACAUUUCUUAUUUCUUUACAUAAUUUAAUUCUAUCAGGAUCUAUUUUAUCAAUUUUAAUGGCUACAUUUAGUAUAUUAACAUUAAAAAAUAUUCGGCAAAUUCGACGACAAACACGUUCUUGUGGGCGUCGCCAUCAUUGUGCGGACUUAUUUCCGUAUCGUUUUUUCUUUUAA